UGGGUCUACCUCUUCACUCUCAAGAUGCUGCAAAGAGUCCUGUGUACAGUGUUGUUCGUGGGAGCCUUGCCAUCACUGGCUGAGGUGUCCCAAGGCCACAUCUCAGUGGUCUUGUUGGGAGCCACAGGUGAUUUGGCCAAGAAGUAUUUGUGGCAGGGUCUGUUUCAACUCUACAUGGACCAAGUGAGCAGUGGCCACAGCUUCACUUUCCACGGGGCUGCACUGACAGCUCUGGAGCCAGGGCAGAGGCUGAUGUUUGAUGUGCUGAAGAAGCUGGCCUGUCCUCCCGAUGAGUCUCCCAACAGGUGUGCUGUCCUCAAGGACCAAUUCCUGAAGCUGAGCCAAUACCACCAGCUGAAGACUGCCGAAAACUACACUAUGCUGAACAGAGAGAUUGAGACGCUGCUUCGCCAGGAGGGGCUGAAGGAGGCUGGAAGGAUCUUCUACUUCUCAGUACCACCAUUUGCCUACACAGAGAUUGCCCGCCACAUCAACAGCAGCUGCAGACCACCUCCAGGAGCCUGGCUGCGUGUGGUGCUGGAGAAACCUUUUGGCCAUGACCUGGAGUCAGCCCAGCAGCUGGCUGCAGAGCUGACAAGCUUCUUCAGGGAAGAGGAGAUGUACCGGGUGGACCAUUACCUUGGCAAACAGGCUAUAGCCCAUAUCCUGCCUUUUCGAGAUCAGAACCGACAGUUUCUGGAUCCAAUUUGGAAUGCUAAAGGCUGCAAGAAAACCAGAUCAAUUUACCGGCAUCUUACCUCUUUUUUGUCCUCAGGCCGCACCAGCUUCUACGAGCAGUAUGGAGUAAUCCGGGAUGUGCUGCAGAACCACCUCACGGAGGCCCUGAUGUUCCUGACCAUGGAGCUCCCAGCCAACGUGAGCAGGGCUGAAGAGGUUUUGCAGUGCAAGCUGCAGGCCUUCCAGUCCUUGCGGGGUCUGGAGAAAAACAGUGCUGUGUUGGGUCAGUAUCAGGCAUAUGCCAGCCAAGUACAGGAGGAACUGCAGAAGGCACGAGACUACAUCAGCACAACACCAACCUUUGCAGGUGUGCUGAUUCACAGUGACAACCUGCGUUGGGAAGGAGUCCCUUUCCUCCUUACUUCUGGGAAAGCUCUGGAUGAACGGGUAGGUUAUGUCCGUGUUCUCUUCAAGAACCGAGCCUACUGCACUCAGAGCGAGACUCUGAGAGAUGCAGGGCACAGCCAAUGCAAAGCCAAGCAGAUCAUCUUCUACAUUGGGCACGGCGCACUCAACACCCCUGCGGUGCUUGUGAGCAGGAACCUUUUCAGGCCUGUCAUGCCAGAAGGCAGUUGGAGAGAAGCAGUGGGUCAGUCAGACCUGCACAUUUUUGGACAACCAUUGUCUGAUUAUUAUGUGUACAGCCCCGUAAAAGAGAGAGAUGCGUAUUCUGUCCUCAUCUCCAACAUCUACCAUGCCAGGAAGGACUUCUUCAUUACCACUGAGAACCUGCUGGCCUCCUGGGGGUUCUGGACACCACUGCUGGAUAGCAUUUCCCACCAGCCCCUGCGUCUUUACCCUGGGGGAGUGGAGAACCAGCACCUCUUAGACUUUGAGAUGGUGAGCGGGGAAGUGGCAUUCACACUGGCAGAGCCAGUGGAACUACUGAACCCCAACAGGCUGAUGCCAAGUGAUUUCAGGACGAUCCAGUCCAAAUUUCGGCAAAGUCCCCUGGUCUCAGCAUGGUCGGAGGACCUGAUUUCCCUGCUGGCUUCUGACAUCGAGAAGGCAGCAAGCAGGACUGUUGCACGCUCUGGGCAGUUCCACCUGGCCCUCUCAGGGGGCUCAAGCCCAGUGGUCUUAUUCCAGCGGCUAGCAAGACACCACUAUGCCUUCCCAUGGAAGCACACCCACAUCUGGCUGGUAGAUGAACGCUGUGUCCCUCUCACUGACACCGAGUCCAACUUCUUCAGCUUGCAUAACCACCUUCUCCAGAGUGUCAGGGUGCCCUACUUCAACGUCCACCCCAUGCCUGUGCACCUGAACCAGCGGCUCUGUGUGGAAGAAGACAGAGGCACGGAGCUGUAUGCCAAGGAGAUCAUGGCCCUGGUGGCCAAUGCCAGCUUUGACCUGGUGCUGCUGGGGGUGGGCACUGAUGGGCACACUGCCUCACUCUUCCCCCACUCUGAAAAUGGCUUGGAGGGGGCUCAGACUGUGGUGCUGACCGAAAGCCCUGUCAAACCUCACCAAAGGAUGAGCCUUAGCCUACCCCUCAUCAACAAGGCCAGGCAGGUGUUUGUCCUGGUUUUGGGGAAGGGCAAGCACGACAUCACCACCCUGCUCAGCAGAGUGGGCCAUGAGCCGAGGAAAUGGCCUAUCUCGGGCGUCAGCCCCAGCUCCGGAGAGCUGGUGUGGUAUGUGGAUUACGAAGCUCUGCUUGGGUGA